CUCUGCGUUGUGGCCGCAGCAACCCCGGUUCGAAUCCGGGUCACGGCAGGGUUAAAUCCCUGACACGGCUUGGGAGGAUUUUUUUUUUCCUUUAUCACAGAAGUUAUGAAGUUAAAGUAUUGCUACGGUGUCGCGCCAAAACAGGGAAUUUAUUUAUUUUUAUUUAACUAUCGAUUCCUGCAUUGCACGUUUAUUUAUUCAUGUGCACUUCCUCCAUAUGGGUGAACUGCCUGUGUAUUUAGUUCGCUGACUAUGCCAGUUAAUUUAAGUUUGUUUUCAGGCAAUUUCAAUGUAAUGUCUUUUCCUUCAUUGAUAUUUUUUUUUAUAAAUCUCUUGGUUACGUUGCAGUAUCAUCAUAUAUAUUUAAAGGUUACCUCGGCGCGAUGUUGUUCUAACUCAUUUCUGCGUAGUGCUCUGUGGACUCCUGCAGCCACGUCAAAGUGAAAGAUCUACGUUAGAAAGAGUCGAACUAGUAAAAUAAUUCAUUUUAAAAUGCAAUAUCUUUACAUAAAGAGCCGUAAUAAUUCACCCUUCACCGAGUGUUGACAUAUUUUACAACAGUGUUCAUGAAAAGAGGGGACGGUCGUUGGGAGUAAGAGACGCGUUUUCAUUGGUGGUUGCCAACGACAACGUCCAUGUUCCGAGAUGAAGAGCCAAUCAACGGGCCAGCAGAUCGCAUGUGCCGCUAUGUCUAUGCAUACGGUCAUCUGAUUGGUCGUUGCGAUCACAAGUACCUGCCCCAUACUCUAGUUAGUUCCGCGGUUGAGUUUAUCUGGCUAUGUAGUUAGAAAGCAGUGGAUAACUGGACCUCUAACAUAUUAUUAUUUUUUAAAUCAUAUAUCAUUAAUUAACGCUGUGAGGCUGGACAUUCACUCUGGUAGAUGAUGGAUGCCACAUCAGCAACUGGAGUUCUUCAUCCCUACUGGCCACGGGACCUUUUGAUUCCCACCUAUGUUGCCAAUGACCGAUCUAUGUCAGAGAUUCUGGUGUUCCUGUUUUCUGUGUCUGGGGUGUUUCUGCUUGUGACCUGGCUGAUCACCGGCCAGAAAGGGGCCACCGGCAGGCUGGGGACGUGGAGGCGUCUGGCCGUGUGCUGGUUUGCUGUGUGUGGUUUCAUCCAUGGUGUCAUUGAGGGCUGGUUCUCACUGUAUUAUGAUAUUAUUCCCGGAGACCAGAGCUUCCUGUCACAGCUCUGGAAAGAGUACUCCAAAGGAGACAGUAGAUACGUAAUAGCGGAUAACUUCACAGUCUGUAUGGAGACUGUGACUGCGUGGUUAUGGGGACCCUUCAGCUUUUGGGCAGUGUUUGCCUUCUUAACUAACAAGCCCUACCGAUUUGUUCUGCAACUCAUCAUUUCAUUAGGUCAGCUGUAUGGAGCAGUGCUUUAUUUCUACACGGAGCACAGAGAUGGUUAUGCUCACAGUGAGCUGGGACACCCAGUCUACUUCUGGUUCUACUUUGUGUUCAUGAAUGUGCUGUGGGUCGUGAUACCGCUAGCGCUCAUUUUGGAUGCAUGGAGGCAGCUGUCAGCAGCACAGGCACACACUGACAGCACAAAGUCACACAAGUCAAAGAGGAACUGACCAGUGGCGGUCUAAAAAGAGCACCAGUACGCAGAAAUUCAUGCAAGUGAUGCAUUUAUGGUAAACAGGUUUCAAACCCUGGUUAAUAUUAACAUCGGUUACUGGUAAAGAACCAUAGAAGGCAUUUUAUCAUGUUUCAUUUACCAUAAGGGCGUCCAAGAGGGAUCUUUUUCUGUGUUUUUUAACUUGGGGGCAGUUACAAGAAGAACUUACUGUGGGACAGUAAGACAAUGACUGCUGGAGAGUGAAGGGAAAGGACAGCUGGAGAGAGCAUACAUUUUGUUGUCGCUGAUAAACACUACGUUCAGAGAUGAGACAAAAUAAUUAAUUAUUGGACAUGCCUCAUGUAUGGUUAUCCUUGUGCAUAUGACAAUGUCUUUAAAUGUUGUUAUUACUUUGCAGAAAGGGCGAAUAAAUAAAUGAUUUUAUG